CCACUCAAGGCCAAGCAAAGCAAAGGAAGCAAAGCAAGCGUCAAGUGAUUAGUGAAAACGUAAACACUGCAUAUUUUCUUCGAAUUUUCAUUUCAUCGGUGGAUUUCUAUUUUUUUUAAUUAGUAAAAACUAGAAAGAACUAAUAAUCAUUCGUGUUUGCCUUCACGCGGGAAUGAAUUAGAUUAGAAGAGAGAAGAAGAGAUUAGAAGAAUAUGAUUAUGGAAGGAUUUUGUAGAAGUUGCUUAGUGAAAUAUGAUGAGCCAACAGACCUAAUACCAUACACAGAAAAGAACAGGAGAAUGUUUGUUUAUGCAACAGGAUUGCAGGUAAAGCGCAAUGACACUUUUACAUUCCAACUCUGCAAGGAAUGCCACCUCAACAUGAAGGUGGCAUGUAACUUUAAAAAGACAUCCAGGAACUCAGACAAGAAGUUUAAAAAUUAUUUGGCUGUUAAAGAGGCUGGAGACAGCAUAGACUUUUGCACGUUUCUCAAAAACAAUGAUGAAUCCCUUAAAUUCAGGCUUCCAAUGUAUAACGGUAGUAGCACACCAGCAAACAGGAACAAAGAUGAUGAUAAUGAAUCAACGUGUACAAGCAUACAGAACUUCAUGACGGAUAUCCUAAGAGUUGAGGAGAUACCGGACAGUGAGGCACGUAUCAUCAAAGAGGUGAUUGAGGAAGAGGCAGACAUACUGGAGGACUCGCUAGACUCACACUGGCUACAGGAUGACGUGUCUAUUGAUACAGAUUUCAGACUGGAUUUUAGUUUCAGUCCAUUUUCAACACCCCGGUCCACAAUUAAUGACGAUCAUUGCUACACACCGAAGAGACUGAACGAUCCAAUAGCCUCAGAUCAAAAAGAACAUAAUAAUAUAGCCAUAAAACUAGAACCUGAUGUAGAGAACCAUGCAGUCAAUAAUUUUGAGAAUAAUAUACCUAGACACUGUGACACAAAAGAAAAUAUCCAAGGUGGCACACAAUGUGUUAUUGAUAUGAAUUUGGAAAACGCACUGAAAAAUGACUCGGCAGAAAAAGUUAUGUUGGAUGAUCUACUCGCUACUCCCCCGGUAAUUCCCAAUAUAUCUGCACCAUCUACGCCUCUAAUAAACAGCAUUCUCUUUGGCAAUAAAAUUGAUACUGAUACUGAUAACAGACCGAAAAACGUGUACAUGCCUACAGACAUGAUCAAAGAAUCAGAAAUUGAUGUGCUGUACGAAUUCCUUAACACCGACGACGGUGAGACAAAGGAGGAAUAUAUAGAUUACGAUGAUAUUUAUAUACCAGCAGACAUUAAUGAAAAGAAUCAAGAGAACGAUGUAAUUAUACCAUAUGAUUAUGAGAAUAACGAUUUAAAUAACUCUGAUGAGAAUGGAAAUGGAAUAACAGAAAAUAUUGAAGAACCAGCGUCACCAGUUGAGGACAAAUACUGUUUAGAAAGGUUCUAUUGCAAAAUUUGCGAUAGAAAAUUCAAAAAUGUGAUGGCACUAAAAAUUCAUUUGAGGAGAGGACAUAAAAUUAAAAUAGUGGAACCUAAACGCGUGCGUGGGAAAAUGAUAUGCGAUUACUGUGGGAAAGUUUUCAUGGCUUCCAAAUAUUUUGUUAGACAUAUAAAAUAUCAUAUGAACCCGGAUCAAUAUGAAUGCGAACACUGUCCUCUGUCAUUUAGGACUAAAACAGGUUUGAAGUCACAUAGCUCUACACACGGGAUUGUUAGUCAAAGAAAAGAAAAAUGUGGGAAGUACGUCUGCAGCAUUUGCGGUUCAGAACAGUCAAGCUCGUCGAACCAUAAAAUUCACUUGCGGCGCCACACCAACGAAUACAGCAUAUCGUGUAAGCUCUGCGGGAAGGGGUUCUAUAGGACUUCCGACUUGGACACGCAUAUGAGAAUUCACACUGGAGAGCGCCCUUAUGCGUGCAUGUUUUGUCCGCAAAGAUUCGCGAGGCAGGACACUCUAAAUAGGCACAUAAAAUCUCACACAGGUGAGAAACCGUAUCGUUGCCCCUUUUGUAACCACAAGUUCAUAAAUCCUGCCGUUUUGAAGAAACACCAAACGACAUCCAAGAUUUGCCUUGAGAAACAGAUGGAAACUCUGUUUGAAACUUCGGAAUCGAAUACCACGGAGAAAGUUACUGUAUAUUAUGCAGAAAUUUCAAAUAUUACUGAUGUACAAAAUAUUAUUAAAGAAAAUCUUGCGUCCUCUUGAAGGAAAGACUUUAUUUACUUGCUAUAAUAAGUUUUAUAAUAUGCAAGGAGUAAACAAUUAUUCCGCGAGGAGAAAGCGAAUUUCUAAAAUAUUGGCUUCUAUCUCCACAAUGUAAAGCACAAAGUUCUACCGAGAAAGAAAAUUCUCACGAAUUCCCGCGAAUUUAUCAUUUGGUCAAGUAUUGUGUUUUAUGGCACGUUUACAUUAGGUCGGUCACCGAAUCCGGCGACCGCAUUCGGUUUAAUUGAAUUGAUUCCUAAAAUUGGGCUGUUUUAAUUAAGUCGUUCACCGAAUACGGGGACCAUAUUCCUUUAAGAUUCGGAGACUGCAUCAUACCGAAAUGUGUACUCUUGCAUCAUCAUGAACAAACAUAAUAUUACAAGGAACGAAACAUAAUAUUAAACGGAAAGGAAAAGGACAAGGAAUUUUAACUGUGUGCGAUACAAUACAAGAAAUUUUGAAGAAGGAAACGGUCUGCGGCCGAAUACGGCUAACCGAAAACCCGUUUACACUAGUCGGUGAUCGAAUACGGGUUGCAACCGAAUCGGUCAAAACGACCUAAUGUAAACGAGCCCUUUCGUGGUGGAGAUAGAAAUCCCUAUGCUAUGUAAUAUGUAUUUUAGAAAUUCCCUUUGAUUCCCUAUCAAUGUAAAUUGAGUCUAAUGGAUGAUACAAACCAAGCCCGGCGGCCCACCCGGUUUACCUGUUAUCAAUGAAAAAUUUUAAUAAAAGAUUUUUCUUUAAAUAAUAACACGUUUUAAUUUAUAUCCUUUUAUUUCUCUGUACAAAAUUAUUUCAUCUAAAUAACUUACGGCUCCAUAAGAUUAGUGUCUUAUUACAAUCAAGGCAUAGGGGCUGAUCAUUUAUCGAGUUUAUACUAGCAAUAACAUCCUAUGGUUAGAAAUGUGAAGUACGU